AUGAAGCCCAUGGCAAUGUGGACCGUAGUCGCUGCUUCUGGAGAUCCGCCGUGGCGGGAAUUUGAGCUGCCACGUAGUAAAGCAAAGUGGCAACUGUCGAGUUUGACUAAUACUAAUGCUUGCCACGUCGUCGUUUGGAUGAAACUCGAGAUUUCUGCUGGAGAUCGGUCUCUCGCUCGCCUGAGCUCGUUUCUUCCGCCGGUGAGACAGAUCGCUGGAUUAUUUCCCGUCAGCCGUGUGUCGCAGGAAUCAAACCUAUCUGAUAAGCAUUUGCAUCUCAGAGCUGGAUCUCUUACCGUUAGUGUUAAUUCCUACAGAGUUCUCAAUGAAUUUCAGAUUAGUGAGACUGAAAUGGAUGCAUAUACGCUCAAGUCAGUGUCAGAUUUGCCGUCACAUUUCCGUUCAAUAUUUACUUUCAGAUACUUCAACCCACUACAGAGUGAAUGCUUCCCCGUUUGUUUCCAUUCUGAUGUCAACAUGGUCAUCUCUGCACCAACUGGGAGUGGUAAAACUGUGCUUUUUGAACUCUGUAUACUGAGGCUUCUCUCCAGGUUCAUAUCUGGGCAGAACUUUAUCCAUGUCAAGGGAACCCUUAAAACAGUCUAUAUUGCACCAUCGAAGGCUCUCGUACAGGAGAAGGUCCGUGACUGGAAUAACAAGUUUGGACCACUGGGAAUAGCUUGCUUGGAGCUGACAGGGGACAAUGAAUUUUAUGACAGUAGGACUAUACAAGAAGCAGAUAUUAUUCUGACCACCCCAGAGAAAUUUGAUGCUGUGACUAGAUACCGCAUAAAGAAUGGAGGCUUGAGCUUUUUCAGUGACAUAGCUCUUCUACUUAUUGAUGAAGUUCAUCUAUUGAAUGAUCCUCGUGGAGCAGCUUUGGAGGCAAUUGUUAGUAGAAUUAAAAUGCUUUCUAGUAAUCCUGAACUGAGAUCAAGUCCUCUGUCUACUAUCCGUCUUUUAGCUGUUUCGGCCACAGUUCCUAAUAUUGGUGACCUUGCUGAAUGGCUUAAUGUUCCUGUCAAAGGAAUCAAAAGAUUUGGAGAGGAAAUGAGACCUGUAAAGCUGACCACUAAAGUUUUUGGAUAUACCCCAGCAAAGAAUGAUUUUCUCUUUGAAAAGGCAAGUGGUCCGCCUUCAAAAUUACAUUUUUGACUGCUGCUUAUGGUUCAAUCUACAGUUGGGUAUCACAAUGGUGGUCUCUGCAUGAAGGACCGCAGUCUCGUUGAAGGUCUCUUUCUUAAGGGUGAUAUUCAGGUUCUGUGCACUACAAAUACCCUUGCUCAUGGAGUAAACUUGCCAGCACAUACUGUAGUGAUAAAGUCGACACAGCAUUAUAACAAAGAAAAAGGUCUCUACAUGGAGUAUGAUCGAUCCACAGUACUACAGAUGUGUGGAAGAGCGGGUCGGCCACCAUUUGAUGAUACAGGGACAGUCAUAAUCAUGACAAAAAGAGAAACAGUCCACCUGUAUGAAAAUCUAUUGAAUGGAUGUGAAUUGGUGGAAUCACAGUUGCUUCCAUGCGUGACAGAGCAUCUGACAGCAGAGAUAGUUCAGCUGACAGUUUCAGAUAUAGCACGUGCAAUUGAGUGGAUGAAAUGCUCUUACUUGUAUGUUAGAAUGAAAAAGGCAAGCACUUCUAGUUCAACCUCUUCAAACCCAGAGAAUUAUGCUGUUAGCAGGGGCAUUAAUAGAGAAUCUAUUGAGAAGCAUAUCAAAGAUGUUUGUGUCCACAAAGUUCAGGAGUUAUCACGCUAUCAAAUGAUCUCGACAGAUCAUGAUGGCUUCAUUCUGAAACCACUAGAGCCUGGGAGAUUAAUGACCAAGUACUACCUGAAAUUCGACACAAUGAAGCACAUUAUGCUGACUCCAGACAACUGCAGUCUGGAAGAUGCACUAAAAGUCGUAUGCCGUGCUGAGGAAAUUUCCUGGAUACAACUCAGGCGCAAUGAGAAGAAGGUGUUGAAUGAUAUUAAUGCUGACAAAGGUGCUAGGCUUCGUUUUCAUGUGAAUGAUGAAAGAGGGAAAAGGAAGAAACGCAUUCAGUCCAAAGAAGAGAAGAUAUUUAUCUUGGCAAAUGACUGCUUGACUGGGGAUCCUGCAAUCCGAGACUUGUCCCUAUCCCAGGAUAUGAAUUCUGUUUGCACCAACGGAUGUAGAAUUGCAAAGUGCAUGAAAGAGUACUUCUUGUUCAAGAGAAAUUAUAAAGGAGCAGUGCAGACUAUCCUUCUGGCCAAAUCACUGUAUCAGAAACUUUGGGACGACAGUCCCUACUUACUGAAACAAUUACCUGGCAUUGGAAUGGUCACGGCCAAGGCUCUUCAUUCCAUGGGUGUCAAAUCGUUUGAUGCAUUAGCUGAAGCUGAUCCCAGACGAAUUGAGAUAAUCACAUGUCGUAAGUUCCCAUUUGGGAACCAUAUCAAGGAUUCUCUACUCUCACUGCCUCCCAAAGUCGAUAUGAGUAUAGAGGAAAUUGAUAGCCAAAGGCAAGGGAAGUCUAAAAUAAAAGUCACAUUGACCAGGUUAUCACAAUCUUCAGCAUUAUCCAAGCGACAUUUUGCUGAUAUGAUUGUUGGUGUGGAGGAAGAGAACCAGAUUCACUUUCACGAGAAAAUAAGAGUGGACGAGUUCUCCAGUGGAUUUGUAUUUUCUACCCGUUGCAGCCCUUACAGUGCUACAAUCCUCGUGUCGGCCAACCAACAGCAGAAGCUGACCAUCAAGGCUGAUUUCAUGUUUGAAGAGUAUCUUGGUCUCGAUUGCCAUCAGAAGCUUAUUCUGAUGAAGGAAGGCCGACCCACUGGUAAGAACCACAACAGACCACCUCCAAACAAGCAGCCUCCCUGCGUUCCUCUGUCCAAGGAAGUCUGUGUGAUAGAAGUCGACGAUGAAAGCAUGUCGUCCAACGCUGCAGCAGCUGAAGACAAUUCAAUGCCCAGUUUCAAGCUCCUAGAUGAAGAUAUCGAAGAUGAAGAUGAACCAGUCGUUGAAAUCCAGAACGACAAGUUCAACAACAACUGGUCAGAAAGAACAAUAUUCGACCACAUACGUGAAAAGGCCAAGAGCUUCCCUAUCAUCAACACUUCAGAAGCCUUUCUUCUCCAAAGUGAAGAACAACAAAGGGGCCUUAACGAGACUGAACUCGAGCUCGGCAGAAGGCUGGAUGCUAAAGAAGACUCCAUCAUAGAUCUUACCAUAGACCCCAGCUGGUUAGAACAGGAAGGUGAAGACAUUAUUCUCAACAGCCAUAGUUCCACCAUUGAAGGUGGAAGAAGUUUUGUCGAAGACAGGGAAGGUGCUAGCGGUGGUGGCAUUGCUCCCGAACCUGAGAAAGCUCUGAACGGGGAAGCAAUAUUCGAUCACAUAAGGAGGAAAGCUGAGGAGUUCCCGUUUCUGACUUCAACCCUGCGCUGGAUGAAUGAACCGUCUCUGGAACCGGUUUCUGAACCGCCCGAGGUUGGACCGAGACCAGAAUGCUUCCGAAAGGGUGACGUUGUCCUUUCGGAUUCCCAUCCUGGAGGGCAGAAGGUAAAAGUGGACGCAUUCUCUCCAAGUCCAGGCAGGAAAUUUACCGGUCUGAGUCUGCCUUCGAAGAGUCUGCCAGUCUCUAAAGUAGAUCGUCCACCUCGUGGAGAAAUGUUAUCGUUUGAUAUUUCCAUGAUGAAGGGUAGUAAUAGCAACAGUGGGAGCAAGAGGAAAGAGCAGCAGAAGGAAUGGUCUCCAAGCAGUGGAUCGAAACGCCAGCGUUGUGGUCUGGCAAUGCCGGUGCAGACGGGACAAGCAGAUUCGUUCAUGGGGUUCCAGAGCGUGUUCUCAUUCCUGUGAUGCUUCCUCUCUCUAUCUCCAUCGUUGAAGCAUAAAUGAGGUUAGUUCAACAUUACUUCUUCGUAUUAUCUUUUCUUGUCCUGCACGUUUCAGUUGUUCUUUUCCUUUUCAUGUUUUGAUUUACCCUUUGGAACAUAGUUUUCCAUU